UUCAAUUCCUAUAAUAUACUCCGUACAUAUGUCUCUGUGCGUGGCCUGAGUGUAACUGGAACAUAUGUUUAUCAGUUUUAAGUCAAAGACAUGACCACCAUAAAUUUUGAAUCAGACUCUGAUAGUUCAUCUUCGAGUGAUAAUGAUCUCUCACUUACCAAACAAUCAAUGCAUGAUCCGUUGAAAGAUUUUCUUCUUAACACAGAAGGUUGUUCAGGUGUGUCGUUGAUCGUUUCUUCAAUGGUUUCCGCUGCAAAAUGCUCUCUCGAAGGUUUACCAUCAGGUAGAUGCUAUAUUCGUCGUGAUAGGGAAAAACGUCAUGACCAAAUAGUAAAUGACUACUUCAAAGGUGAAAACUCAAAGUACACCCCACAACUUUUCCGUCGUAGAUUUAGAAUGAAUAUUGAAUUAUUCACUCAAAUUUUACAAGAUGUUGAAAACUAUGAUAGCUAUUUUCGACAAAAGAUUGAUGCUGUUGGAAACAUUGGGUUGAGCCCACUGCAGAAGAUGGUAGCAGCCAUACGCAUGCUUGCAUAUGGUUGUCCAGCUGAUCUUCUUGAUGAAUAUAUUCAAAUUGGAGAAACAACAUCAAUUGAAAGUCUAAAGCACUUUUG